UUGUCCCGUUUGACUGACUGAGUCGUGCGGGUUUCCAAAGUUUCACCGGCGACUCUGUGGUGUGCUCGCUCGCCUGCGAAGGUUCGGCCCGCGGGUCCAGAGACACGGAGGUUCGGAGGCAGGCCCGGAGGAGGAGGAGGAGGAGGUCCAACCGCAGGAGGAGCCCGCAUGCGUUAAAGGGGCUCCCAGGGUCCUUCCUGCUGGAUGAGUGACUCAGGAGACAAAGACAGAGUAACUUCAGUCGUGUGCGCGUCUGCAGCGGUUGUCAGGAGGAAGAGGAUGCGCUGAAGAUCCCCUCUUGUUGACUUGGAAUCGAACCGACAACUUAUGCCUGCACGGGCGCGCGCCGUCCACGCAGCAGUCCUCCUGGAUUAAACUCAGCCGGGGCGAUGGAUAACUUCUUCACGGAGGGUGACCGAGUGUGGUUACGGGAGGAGGAGCAGUACCUCCCCAGCACCGUGUCCUCCUGCUCCGGGGGGGUGGUUGUCUUUGCCACCGACUAUGGCCAGGUGUACACCUACAAGCAGAAUGCACUGAGCUGGCAGAAGGUUCAACCCAUGCACCACAGCAGCAUCAGAGGCGUGGAGGACAUGGCGACCCUCGAGGACCUCCACGAUGGCGCCAUCAUGCACAACCUCUUCCUGCGUUACCAGCAGAGACAAAUCUAUACGUACAUCGGCUCCAUCCUGGCCGCAGUUAACCCUUACCAGCUGCUACCUGGUCUGUACGACCGACAGGCCAUGGAGAUGUACAGCCGCCACCACCUUGGCGAGAUCACCCCGCACAUCUUUGCAGUCGCCAACGAAUGCUACCGGUCGCUGUGGAAGAGGCAACAGAACCAAUGCAUCCUGAUCAGUGGAGAAAGUGGAGCCGGCAAAACGGAAAGCACCAAGCUGAUCUUGAAGUUUCUCUCCGCCAUGAGCCAGCACUCCCUAGAGGUCUCCUGCAGAGACAGAGCUUCCCACGUGGAGGAGGCGCUGCUGGAGAGCAGCCCCAUCAUGGAGGCGUUUGGAAACGCCAAAACCAUCUACAACAACAACUCCAGCCGCUUCGGGAAGUUCGUCCAGCUGCAUUUCAGCCAGAAGGGCAACAUCCAGGGUGGCAGGAUAGUGGACUACCUCUUGGAAAAGAACCGAGUCGUGCGUCAGAAUCCAGAGGAGAGGAACUACCACAUCUUCUACGCCAUCUUGGCUGGAGCCAACAGCCAGCAGAGAGAGGCGUUCGGGUUAACCCACCCUGACAAUUAUCACUACCUGAGACAGUCCAGCUGCCUCAGUGAGAAGACAAUCAACGACAAAGGCACUUUUCAGGAGGUUCUGAACGCCAUGCGCACGAUGCAGUUCACCGAGGAGAACAUCAGUGACAUCCUGCGCCUCCUGGCCGGGAUCCUCCACACGGGGAACAUGGAGUUCAUGACGGCAGGGGGGGCGCAAAUCUCCUCCAAGACAGCUCUCAGCUGGACGGCAGAACUUCUCGGGUUGAACUCGGAUCAGCUCGCCGAGGUCCUGACCCACCGUUCCAUGAUCCUCCGGGGCGAGGAGAUCUCUACACCUCUUACUGUGGAACAGGCGGUGGACUCCAGAGACUCCAUGGCAAUGGCACUUUAUUCUCAGUGUUUCAACUGGAUCAUCCACCAGCUCAACAACCGCAUCAGGGGCAAAGAAGACUUCAAAUCCAUCAGCAUCCUGGACAUUUUUGGGUUUGAGAACUUUGAGGUCAACCGCUUUGAGCAGUUCAACAUCAACUAUGCAAACGAGAAGCUGCAGGAAUAUUUCAACAAGCACAUUUUCUCCUUAGAGCAGCUUGAAUACAAUAAGGAGGGCCUGGUCUGGGUGGACAUUAACUGGAUGGACAAUGGAGAGUGUCUGGAUUUGAUAGAGAAGAAACUGGGUUUGCUGGCGCUGCUGAACGAGGAGAGCCACUUCCCCAAAGCAACGGAUGACACUUUACUGGAGAAACUCCACAGCCAGCACUCAAAAAACCCGUUUUAUGUGAAACCUCGCGUCGCCGUGCACUACUUUGGAGUCAAGCACUAUGCAGGGGAGGUGGUGUACGAUGUGAGGGGGAUGCUGGAGAAGAACAGAGAUACUUUCAGAGAUGACAUCCUGAACAUGCUGAGGGAGAGCAGGUUGGACUUUGUCUACGAUCUGUUUGAGCAUGUUCUGAGCCGCAACAAGCAGGACACGCUGAAGAGCAGCUCCAAGCGCCGACGGCCCACCGUCAGCUCCCAGUUCAAGGUCUCUUUGCACUCCCUGAUGGCCACGCUGAGCACAUCCAACCCGUACUUCAUCCGAUGCAUCAAACCCAACACACACAAGAUGCCUGACCACUUCGACCAGACCGUGGUUCUGAACCAGCUCAGAUACUCGGGCAUGUUGGAAACCGUCAAGAUCCGCCGCACCGGCUUUCCCAUCCGGAGGCCCUUCCAGGACUUUUGCUCCAGGUAUAAGGUGCUCAUGAGAGGUGUGCUGGUGCCGGAUGACCCCAGGGGGCGCUGCAUGCAGCUGCUGCACCUCUACGACAGCAGCAGUGUAAGCUGGCAGCUGGGCCGGACCAAGGUGUUCCUGCAGGAGUCUCUGGAGCACCGUCUGGAGAAGCAGAGGGAGGUGGAGGUUCUGAAAGCAGCCAUGAUCAUCCAGGCGCACGUCAUGGGCUAUGUGGCCAGGAAGCAGUACAGGAAGCUGCUGCAGUGCAUUGUGGUCAUUCAGAAGAACUACAGGGCUUUCUACUGGAGGCGGAGGUUCCUGCUCCUCCGCUGGGCGGCGCUCACCUUCCAGAAGCGUCUGCGGGGACAGCUCGCCCGCCGGGCCUACAGCCAGCUGCUGGAGGAGAGGAGGAGGAGGGAGGAGGAGAAGCGCCGCAGGAGGAUGGAGGAAGAGCUGGAGAGGGAGAGACAGAAGCUGGAGGCCGAGAGACUCAGCAGAGAGGCUGAAGAAGCCAGAAGACGAGAGGAGUUGGCGUCUUCGGCUUCAUCUCAGGCUCCCGUUGAAGAAGCAGCGGCGUCCCCGCAGAUCCUGGAGGAGCUGGCAUCAGGAGACACCUUGGAGGAGGCGUCUGCUGAGGAAGCGAUCCGCCCUCACGAAGCGUCUCAGGUGGAGGAGAUCCUGCGGCUAGAGCGGGAGAUCCAGGCCCUGCAGAGACAGAAGGAGCAGCAGGAGCUGUCCCUGACAGAGGCCUCCCUGAAUCGGCUCCAGCGCCUCCGCGACCAGGAGCUCCGGCGGCUGGAGGACGAAGCCUGCAAAGCGGCGCAACAGUUCCUGGACUCGCUGAACUUUGACGAGAUCGACGAAUGUGUGAGGAACAUUGAGAGCUCUUUGGGUGUGGGAGAAGAAGAUGCGAAGCAGAAUGGAACAAGGAGGAGGACCGACGAAGAGGAGGUGGAUGAGGGCUUCGGGGCGGAUGAUGAGGCGUUCAAAGACUCGCCAAACCCCAGCGAGCACGGCCAUUCGGACGGCCAGCGGACCAGCGGGAUCCGAACCAGCGACGACUCCUCUGAGGAAGACCCAUACGCCAACGAGGCUGCGAUCCCGGCCCUGCCCCCCACCACCCUGCUCCAUCAGCCGAUGCCCCCACCCGCCGGCCCCCCGGCCUGCCACAGCGUCUCAUCCAGCGGGGAUUCGGCCUACGGACACCCCAAGGCCGAGUCGGAGGCGCCGUCCGACGACCUGGUGGAGCUGAUUCCACCGGACGAGGACUCCGACUACGACCAGGACGACUAUGACGAGGGCGCCAUCGUCUCCAGCGGCAGCAUGGCCUUCUCCAACCCCCGCAGCGAACAGUGGUCCCCCGAUUAUCGCGGCUCUGUUGGGACGUACAACAGCUCGGGGGCGUACCGCUUCAGCUCAGAGGGGGCUCAGUCAUCGUUUGAGGACAGCGAGGACGACUUCGACAGGUUCGACACGGAUGACGAGCUAUCAUAUCGCCGCGACUCCGUCUACAGCUGCGUCACUCUGCCGUACUUCCACAGCUUCCUGCACAUCAAAGGCGGACUGAUGAACACCUGGAAGCGGCGCUGGUGCGUGCUGAAGGAUGAGACCUUCCUGUGGUUCCGGGCCAAGCAGGAGGCUCUGAAGCAGGGCUGGCUGCACAAGAAGGGCGGGGGCUCGUCCACGCUGUCCCGCCGCAACUGGAGGCGGCGCUGGUUCGUGCUGCGGCAGAGCAAGCUCAUGUACUUCGAGAACGACAGCGAGGAGAAGAUGAAGGGGGUUCUGGACAUCCACGACGCCAAAGAAAUUAUAGAUAACACGGGCAAAGAGAACGGCAUCGACAUAGUGAUGCCAGAGAGGACCUACCACCUGAUUGCAGAGUCUGCAGAGGAUGCCAGUCAGUGGUUCAGCGUGCUGAGUCAGGUCCACGGCUCCACGGAGCAAGAGAUCAGGGAGAUGAACGACGAGCAGGCCAACCCCCAGAACGCCGUGGGGACGCUGGAUGUGGGGAUGAUCGAUUCGGUUUGUGCGUCAGACAAUCCAGAGCGCCCAAACUCCUUCGUCAUGAUCACGGCCAACCGCGUGCUGCACUGCAACGCCGACACGCCGGAGGAGAUGCACCACUGGAUCACGCUGCUGCAGCGCUCCAAAGGAGACGCACGCGUGGACGGACAGGAGUUCAUCAUCCGAGGCUGGCUUCACAAAGAGAUGAAGAACAGCACCAAAGCAUCGCUCAAGCUCAAGAAGCGCUGGUUCCUACUGACCCACAACUCCCUGGACUACUACAAGAGCUCGGAGCGCAGCGCCCUGAAGCUGGGGACGCUGGUGCUGAACAGCCUGUGCUCGGUGGUUCAGCCGGACGAGAAGGUCUUCAGGGAGACCGGGUACUGGAACGUGAUAGUCUACGGGCGCAAACACUCGUACCGCCUCUACUGUAAGCUGAUGACCGAAGCGACGCGUUGGGCCAACGCCAUCCAGAACGUCAUCGACACCAAAGCUCCCAUUGACACGCCCACCCAGCAGCUCAUCCUGGACAUCCGGGAAAACUGCCUGAACUCUGAGGUGGUGGAGCAGAUCUACAAGAGGAACCCCAUCCUUCGCCAUAGCAACCACCCACUGCAUUCCCCACUGCUGCCGCUGCCCUACGGAGACAUCCACCUCACCGCCCCCCGGAGCAGGAGCUACACCACCCUGCAGGAGGAAGCCCUCAAGGUCUUCAGCUCUCUCCAGCAUCUGGACGGGGUGGCAGACCCCAUCCCCAUCAUCCAGGGCAUCCUGCAGACGGGCCAGGAGCUCAAACCCCUGCGGGACGAGCUCUACUGUCAGCUGAUCAAGCAGACGGCCCGGCCGCCGCAGCCCGACAGCGCCGGCAACCUCUGCAAGUGGAAGAUCCUGGCCUGCAUGUCCUGCACCUUCGUCCCCAGCAGGAGCAUCCUCAGAUAUCUGAAGUUCCACCUGCGGAGGACGCGGGAGCUCUUCCCCGGAACAGAGAUGGAUCGUUACGCCGCGUUCGCCUUGGACUCUCUGAAGAAGACUCGGUGCAGGGAGAACGUGCCGUCCCACGAGGAGAUCCGCUGCAUCGUGGCGCGACACGACAUGAGCACCACCGUUCACUGCCACGGAGGAGGCUCCUGCAAGAUCACCAUCAACUCUCACACCACUGCCGGAGAGGUGGUGGAGAAGCUGAUCCGAGGUCUGGCCAUGGAGAACAGCAGGAACAUGUUCGCUCUGUUCGAGCACAACGACGCCACGGAAAAAGCCAUUGAGAGCCGAACCGUCGUGGCCGACGUGCUCGCCAAGUUCGAAAAACUGUCUGCGAGCCCGGAGGAAAACAACACCGGCUGGAAGUUCUAUUUCAAGCUCUACUGCUUCUUAGACACGGAAAGUGUUCCCAAAGACAGCGUGGAGUUCGCCUUCAUGUUCGAGCAGGCUCAUGAGGCGGUCAUCCGUGCUCAGUAUCCGGCCCCAGAGGAGACUCUGCAGUUCCUGGCUGCCCUCAGGCUCCAGUACCUCCUGGGAGACCACAACCCCCAGGUCAGCUUCCCUGAGAUGUCGCAGGUGUUCCCCAUGGCGCGCCUACGGGCCCGGGUUCAGAACUCAGCCAAAUCCUUCGCCUCGGGAACCGGUUCGGUGGCUGAGCGGUCGGGGACGUCCGAGAGAAAGCGCUCCAGCUUCCUGGAGGGAACUCUGAGGCGGAGCUUCAGGAGCGGCUCCAUGAGUCGGCAGAAGCUGGAGGAGGAGAACAGCUUGGAGGCGUGGAUGAGAGAAGAGACGGCGGCGGUGAAGACCAGCGUGGUGGACAAGUGGAAGAAACUGCAGGGCAUGAACCAGGAGCAGGCCAUGGUCAAGUACAUGGGUCUGGUGAAGGAGUGGCAGGGAUACGGAUCCACACUGUUCAACGUUGAGUGUGGGGACGGCUCGUUCCCCUCUGAGCUGUGGCUGGGUGUGAGUCGAGAGGCCAUUUCAGUGUACAAGCGGGGCGAGCCGUGGCCUCUGGAGGUGUUCCCGUACGAGCAGAUCCUCUCCUUUGGAGCGCCGCUGCCCAACGUCUACAAGAUCACAGUGGAGGGUCGAGAGCUGCUCUUUGAAACCCAAAUGGUCAUGGACAUCGCCAAGCUCAUGAAGGCCUACAUCAGCAUGAUUGUGAAGAAGCGCUACAGUAACUGUCAGUCUGUCAGCAGUCACGAGAGCCACUGCAGCGCCUGGUGAAGUCAGCCUUUGAAUCGGUGCCGAAGCAGCUUCAUCAGGAAACCAUGAACUCCAGCUUUUGUUUUGAAAAACUGAUCAACGCCUCCCGCAAAGAAUGUACCUAGGAUGAAGGAUCAAAGAUCCUGCCUAAAACUCUCAAAAUAUAUAUUUACAGUAAGCUCUCAAGGCAAAUUCGACUUUUAAAAAGUGUCUUAUUUUUUGGAGGAAAGCCACAUUUUGAGGUUCUGAUUGUAUUUUGUCAAAAAAAAAAAGAAAAUACAAGAACUUAGGUUGCUCUGAUGUUAAAAAAAAAUCUCUUGAAGCUCCUCCGAAGCUUUUUCAAAACAUGACAGACCGUCUCUAAAGGAUCAGGGCUUCACAAGUGCCUGGUCUUGUAUUGACAAAGCAACUCAGUUGUGUGUUACGUGACCUAAACAGUGCUCCCAUGUUCCCUUUAAUGUAUUAGCGCACCGCAGAACCCGUCCUCCUGUACAAGUUAUUCAAGCUGUGGAACUCUAAUCUGUUACAUCAGUAAAAAGAACUUGUUUUUGCUUCUCUGUUGAUGUAACUUGACUUUCUAGAAGAAAACAGAUCUUUUGCAGAAGCUGGAAUGUCAUGUUUUUUGGGAUUACAUGAAGCCGUAGAGGAAAAAUGUGGAAUUUGGUCCGAUCUGUACGUUUCAGCAUGGAUAACUUGUUCGGCCGGACUGUUUGUGGUGAAACAUUCCUGCAACAUUUCCCUGGAGCUCCGCAGGCGGCAGGUCCAUCCAAAGAUGCAUGUGCAGGUGUUCUUCCACAGUGCCUUCCUGUAAAUUGUGUACUUAUAUUGGUAUAAUGUGCAAUGACAUAUAUAGAAUCAAAUGGCUGUACAUUUCAUACUGGAAGUCUUUGCCUUCUGAUUGAUUAUUUCAUGAUAAUUUUUUGGUAACUUUUACAUUCAUGUUAGCUGUAUUUUGUGUUGAUCUGAGGAUUUUAACAAUAAAGUUAUGUAAUUGGA